CCCACCCCCAACCUUGCUGACUUGGGGGGCUGUGGUCGCUCCGCAGCUCGCAGGUCACAUGGCCCGCCGGAGCGAGGCCACCCGGCGGGAGGAGGAGGCGAGGCUCCGUGGGACUGAGCCGAGCCGGCCUCGGCGACAGCAGCGGAGGGAGUGGACGGCUGCCCCCCGGGUUUGAUUCAUGCUGAUUCUGUCCCGUGUUGCAGGAUGGUCUGUUCUUGGGAUCAGACCUGACGACCAGUUGACCUCAUGAGCACCCCCGCUUCGCCCGCUGCCAUGCUGCUCCGGAGGCUGAGACGGCUCUCCUGGGGCAGCACGGCCGUGCAGCUCUUCGUCUUAACGGUGGUGACCUUCGGCCUGCUGGCCCCCCUCGCCUGCCACCGGCUUCUACACUCUUACUUCUAUCUGCGCCACUGGCAUCUGAACCAAAUGAGCCAAGAAUUCCUGCAGCAAAGCUUGAAAGAGGGCGAAGCGGCCCUCCAUUACUUUGAGGAGCUGCCCUCGGCCAACGGCUCCGUGCCCAUCGUCUGGCAGGCCACCCCACGCCCCUGGCUGGUCAUCACCAUCAUCACCGUGGACAGGCAGCCCGGCUUCCACUACGUCCUGCAGGUGGUGUCCCAGUUCCACCGGCUGCUGCAGCAGUGCGGCCCCCAGUGCGAGGGCCACCAGCUCUUCCUCUGCAACGUGGAGCGAAGCGUGAGCCAUUUCGAUGCCAAGCUUCUGUCCAAGUACGUCCCGGUCGCCAACCGCUACGAGGGCACGGAGGACGAUUACGGCGAUGACCCUUCGACCAACUCGUUUGAGAAAGAGAAGCAGGACUAUGUCUACUGCCUGGAGUCAUCCCUGCAGACCUAUAACCCAGACUAUGUCCUGAUGGUGGAAGACGACGCGGUCCCCGAGGAGCAGAUCUUCCCGGUCUUAGAGCAUCUCCUGCGGGCUCGCUUCUCGGAGCCGCAUCUCAGAGAUGCCCUGUAUCUAAAGCUCUACCACCCCGAGAGGCUCCAGCACUACAUCAACCCCGAGCCCAUGCGAAUCCUGGAGUGGCUGGGCGUGGGCAUGGUGCUGGGGCCCCUCCUCACCUGGAUCUACAUGCGCUUCGCCAGCCGCCCCGGCUUCAGCUGGCCGGUCCUGCUCUUCUUCUCCCUGUACAGCAUGGGCCUGGUGGAGCUGGUGGGCCGCCACUACUUUCUGGAACUGCGGCGACUGAGCCCGUCCUUGUACAGCGUGGUCCCCGCUUCCCACUGCUGCACGCCUGCCAUGCUCUUCCCCGCCCCCGCGGCCCGCCGGACCCUCACCUACCUGUCCCAGGUGUACUGCCACAAGGGCUUCGGCAAGGACACGGCACUGUUCUCCCUGCUGAAGGCCAAGGGCGAGCGGGCCUACGUGGUGGAACCCAACCUCGUGAAACACAUCGGACUCUUCUCCAGCCUCCGGUACAACUUCCAGCCCAGCCUGCUCUAGUGUGCAUCUGGGAAGAGGACUCUCCGGCCUGGGCCGCUUGUUGGAUAUUUCCUCUAUGGAGCUUUGAUUUGGUUGCUUGCAGAUAUCACCGUGUUUGGUGUUCUAGGUUUUAGGCACUGGGACAGCUGAGGGAACAGCUAAGUCAAGAGCAGUGGCUUGGUAAGCUCUGGCAGGCGUGACAGCUCAGGCCCAGAAUCUCUCCGCUCAGCCACACUGCCUCAUGCUGUCUGACCCACCCACCCAAGGGCCAUGGGACUGCUAGUUGUAUCCUCCAGUUGUGUUCAGUUCUGCUUGGUGAUCAAGCUUGUGACUACAGAAAUAUUGUGCACAGUGUUAAUGACUAUGUUAGGACUUUAAGGGUAAAAUUUGAUGAAAGUCACAUGCCUUUUGAAUUGAGUUCUUUUGUCUCUUGAGCAUGAGAAUGGAUCUAUGUUUAGAAUCUGUGUUUAAAGAGGCAGAAUCAUGUUGAUAGAUUCCUUUUGUCUCCUUGACCUCGUGUAAUAAAAGCUGAUUAAAACCAA